CUAUAAAGGUAUCCUUAAAUCCCUGUGAAGUAUUUUCAAUACCCUCAGACACAGGUAGACAAUACAAGAAAGAUAUGGAGCGGUCAUUUUGGGAUACAUGUACCCCUGCCACAGCUGUUGAAUGAACACCCGAACUGCCUUAAUAUUGAGCUACUUUUAAGGACUUUCAUUUAAAAACUAACGAAAAAGUAAGGGAUGAUAAAGUUCUAGUUAACUUAUGUGGAAAACUAACCAUUCCAAGGAUUAACUAUUUGUGGUGCUCGACGAGUGACAAAGGUUUGAAUGAAAUCGCCAUACAUCCGAAUGGAUUAUGUGUAAACAUCGUAAUCAAAGAUAAAUAUAAAGACAUCUCUGAAGAAUUAAAACGACAAGCUAUAGAGGUGUAGAAUUAUGAUUUCGGAAACCAGUGCUGUAAAGGGUUAUGAGAAAAGUGCCCCUGAAGUGGCGAAAGAAAUGGAAGCAGAAAUGAACGCCAUAAAGCAAGUGACCGUAGCUAAUAACCGGGCACCGGAAGUACAUGUUCCGGAACCGGAAGACUACGACACGGAUCUAGAGGAAGAGAGUAAAUUAAUUCGGGCCAGCCGAAAGAGCAAACAACCGAGACAUGAAUACCCUCGGUGUUAUACGGUGCCAAUGGAGGAACGUCCCCGAGUGAUUUACAUGAGAGCAUGUCACAAAUUUAACCUGACGCCAUCUUCAUCCUUCCUGAAAGGACUGACGUCAGGGGUCGUGAAAUUGAACCACCAGAACCUGGGUCCAGAUGGCGCUAGAACUGUUGCCCUUGGUCUUGUGCUGUGUGAGACGGUCUCUGAACUCCACAUGUCCAGCAACAACAUUGGACAGAGCGGCAUCAAGUACCUGAUAGACAUGCUCAGGGAGAACGAGAAUAUCUCAGUGCUGAAUUUGGCAGACAAUGAGCUGCAGACGUACGGAGCCCAGCUGUUGUGUGAGGUGCUCAAUGAAAACGACGCAAUAAUAUCCCUCAAUGUUUCAGGGAACAAUUUCAAACCUCAGGAUGCACAUUUAUUUCACACAAUGAUGUCUUACUAUAGAUGUACAUUAAAGGAAUUAGACCUUUCUCACAAUGAUUUUGGAGAAUAUGGUGGUAAACUUAUAGGCGAGGCUAUUGGUAACAAUGACACAAUUGAAACACUAAACAUCAGCUGGAAUGGAUUUGGCCCAAAUGGAGCAAAGGCAAUCGCUAAAGGACUAGAGGAAAAUUCUUGUCUGAAGGUUUUGGAUGUAUCAUGGAACGGAUUAGAAGACGUUGGGUCGGAGAUGAUUGCGUCAGCAAUAUCAGCUAAUGACGUCAUGGUUGAUUUAAAUAUAUCGGCCAAUAGAAUUGGAAUGACAGGACUUGGGCUUGUUUUGAAGGCCUUAUCUAGCAGUAAAUCAAUAAAAUCAUUAAAUGUGAGUCGAAAUCCUAUAACAUUUGAAGGACCAGUUGUCGCCGUCCAAACAAUAUUGGAGCACCCAGAAUGUGGUCUACAAUCUAUAGAAUUCCGGGACAUGUGUGUUCCUCGACAGUUUCUACCGAUCCUUGCAAAAAUUAACGAAUUCAAACCACAGUUCAAAGUCAAACAUGGCGGCUACGUCAUCGCCUCUGACAUCCUUCAUCACUCAAUGGAGCAGAGAAUGGAGACCGUGCUGAAUGACCCCAUGAUGAGGUUACUGCAGUACGUCCAUGAACGGAAACUCCGACUAGCCGACUUGUUCUUCCAGUUUGACACAGACAGGAGUAUGACGAUCAGUGAGGGGGAGUUCGUUGCUGGAAUCAAGAAAGCUGGGAUUCCAAUGAACGAUGAACAAAUCCAACAGCUCGUGGAAAAGUUAGACGUCGAUGCUGAUGGUGAAAUCGAUUUUGGUGAAUUGAAACUCGGCGAAAAGAAAUACCUCAAGCGCAUAGAAAAAAUCGGCGCGGAACUGCCAUUUGGACACAAGAAGUCAAACUCCCGACCCGCCUCUAAAAUGUCAAAUGCAAGAUCCAGACCGGCAUCAAAUACGUCACGCCCGGCUUCACAAAUGUCUGCCAGACCAAUGUCUAACUCAUCAAGAAAAACGGAGCGACCCAAAACAGUUCCAGACCACCUAUUGCAACCAAGGACGAAGAGCGAUUUAGCAGAGGAAUUGAAGAAAUUGACGGACAGCUCAUCUUCUGAAUCCGAGGGCGACACCUAGCGGAUAACCGAGGAAUAAAUAUGAUAUCUUUAAUGUGCCAAAAUCUUUCUACGCGAAUUAUUAAAACAAUCACCUUUACUUCUUAUCAUGGCCGUACAUAAUGUAUUCAUUAAAAUCCAUUUGAUAUUGAA